GUGCUUUCGGGGGGCACCGUCAGGUUGGCGCACACGAGUCUCACGAUCAACCUGGAGAUUUCCAAUCGAAAUGGGUGGCGGUCGUGUUGCCGAGCGAGCGCUUUGCAACAGACAAGCCGCGCUGUGAUUUUUCUGCGCUUAAAAUAAAGCGACACCUGAAAAAGGACGGCUGCUCCGGCCUGGCCGGGGGCGCCGCCUCGAGUCUGAAAGGUCGAGAGCCGGCGGCGCGUGCGGGGUCUCGGACUCAGACCGCGUUUCUCUUCCCUUCAGUCCGCAACCAUUCCUCUCUUCAUGAGCAACAAGGACGUGGCUGCAGAAGCGGUAACGGGCAGUGGCAAAACGCUGGCGUUUGUGAUUCCCGUGCUAGAAAUCCUUCUCAGAAGAGAAGAAAAGUUAAAGAAAACGCAGGUUGGAGCCAUAAUCAUUACGCCCACAAGAGAAUUAGCUGUGCAGAUUGAUGAGGUGCUCUCACAUUUCACAAAACAUUUUCCCCAGUUUAGUCAGAUUCUGUUAAUCGGUGGUACGAAUCCUGUAGAAGAUAUUGAGAAGUUCAAAGAACAUGGAGGGAACAUCAUUGUAGCUACCCCCGGCCGUUUGGAGGAUAUGUUCAGAAGAAAAGCAGAUGGGCUGGAUUUAGCACGUUGUGUGAAAUCACUUGAUGUGCUGGUAUUAGAUGAAGCUGACAGGCUUCUAGACAUGGGAUUCGAAGCAAGCAUAAAUGCCAUUCUGGACUUUUUGCCUAAGCAGAGACGGACAGGUCUGUUCUCAGCAACUCAGACUCAAGAAGUUGAGAAUCUGGUGAGAGCUGGUCUCCGGAAUCCUGUCCGCAUAUCAGUGAAGGAGAAGGGAGUUGCAGCAAGCAGCACCCAGAAAACCCCCACACGGCUUGAGAACUACUACAUGAUAUGCAGAGCAGAUGAAAAAUUCAAUCAGUUGGUGCAUUUUCUUCGACAACACAAGCAGGAAAAACAUCUGGUCUUUUUCAGUACCUGUGCCUGUGUGGAAUAUUAUGGGAAGGCUCUGGAGUCCAUGGUUAAAAAUGUGAAAAUAAUGUGCAUUCAUGGGAAAAUGAAGCACAAACGGAACAGGAUUUUCACAGAGUUUCGUAAACUCCCAAGUGGCAUUUUAGUUUGCACCGAUGUGAUGGCCAGGGGCAUCGACAUUCCAGAAGUAAAUUGGGUUUUACAGUAUGACCCCCCUCGCAGUGCAAGUGCCUUUGUGCAUCGCUGCGGUCGAACAGCUCGAAUUGGCCAUGUAGGCAGCGCACUUGUAUUUUUACUUCCCAUGGAAGAAUCCUAUGUUAAUUUUCUCUCAAUAAACCAAAAGUGUCCCAUGCAGGAAAUGAAACCAUCAAAAAACGUGGUAGAUCUUCUUCCAAAACUGAAGUCUAUGGCUCUGGCAGACAGAGCAGUAUUUGAGAAAGGGAUGAAAGCAUUUGUAUCUUAUGUGCAGGCCUACGCUAAACAUGAGUGCAGUCUCAUCUUCCGAGUAAAAGAUCUGGACUUUGCGAGUCUUGCCAGAGGUUUUGCUCUUUUGAGGAUGCCAAAGAUGCCUGAGUUAAAAGGAAAGUCCUUUUCGGACUUUAUUCCAGUCAGUUUUGACACGGACACCAUCACAUUCAAAGACAAAAACAGAGAAAAGCAGAGGCAGAAACUGUUAGAACAACAAAGAAAGGAAAAACAAGAAAAUGAAGGGAAAAAGAAAUUCAUACGAAAUAAAGCCUGGUCAAAGCAGAAAGCCAAGAAGGAGAAGAAAAGGAAAAUGACAGCUAAAAGGAAAAGAGAAGAGGGUUCUGACCUUGAAGAUGAAGACCUGGAGGAGCUGCUGAAUGAUACAAGACUCUUGAAAAGAUUAAAAAAGGGUAAAAUUAGUGAGGAGGAGUUUGAGAAGAGGCUGACGGGCAGUGAGAGAAAAGUCGAAAUGGAAGUAGUAACUGACUCAGAGUCUGAAGACUGACAGUCCUGGUCUGACUGUUCGCCCCAUGGAGAUGCCACUUCUUUCAAUAAAACAAAUUUUAUACCAAGAUCA